UUUAAACCCCAACUAAUUUCAGAACUUUAACUUUUCAUAAUUAUUAUAAUUCUGAAUUGCAUCAGUAUAUAAAUAAUGAAUUUCUUUACAAAAACACUAAUUUAUGAUGGAACAACAUAAGUUUUUUACCAGAUUUGUUCAAGUAAGCAGUCAGCAUUCAGUGUUUAAACACAAUCAGCUAUGUAAUUUGAUUGAUCAUGUUGAACUCAAACGACACAUAACAUGAUCAACAAUGCAUUACAUUCAGUUAUGGUUUGUUUCGUCGUAUGAUUGGUUUUUAACAACAUGUCUUCGACGAAUAAACAUGAUUCUGAUAAAGAUGAUGAAAUUGAACAGUGUAGAGUUGUCCCAGAUGAAAAGUACAAAAAAUGGAAUAGUAAUAUUGGUAGUGGUAAUAAAUUUGCAAGGAGAGCUCGUUCGUUUAAAGAAGAUUUAUUGGAUAUUUUAUCAUCUGCAAUGCGAUCACCUAGUCAUAGUGCCAUCAGUUCUAAGAGUGGUUCGCCAAAAAAUGGUUUGCCAAAGCAAAGACAUGCUUCAUCAGGAAGUAGUCCUAAACGGUCUCUUAAUGACAUCGACUUUCAUGUUAGACAAGUUCAGAUAGCCUCUAGACAUUUCYUUGAUGUAGUAACAAAAAAUAAAUUAGAAAUGUUACCUGGAAAUGGUACAGUAGUCUUAGAAACAGUAACAACAAUCUGUGGGGUAUUUAAAUCAUAUGAUAUUAAUGAGCAAAGUUCACUAGUCGUAUCUGCUUUAAAUCAAGUGUACCAAAGUAUAGCACAAUUGAUUAAGCUAUGUGAUGAUGUGCUUGUAUUUGGAGAAAAAGCAAUCAAUACAGAUAAUGUAUCAGAUAUACUGCAUUUGGUUGAACUAGCUAUUCAGAACUUAGUAUCAUUAACUAAUGACAAACUUAACCACGGUGUACUUAAAACUGUGUACAAAGACGAGAAUUCAUUAAAACUUCCCGAUGAACUAAAGCAAAGGGUUUCUUUACCAGAUAUACCAUUAACACCAAGGGAAAGAGAAAUAUUAGAACAAACGAGUAAUCAUUCCUUUGACACGGUUGACUGUAACCCUCCUUCAAAACCACCUCUACCUGACCGAUCAUGGUUAAAAAAGACUGACCUAAAUAAUUCUCCUCCUCCUUUGCCACCAAAACGACGUUCUGGAAAUAAUAACUCCAAGCAUAUUCUAGGCAACUUAUCUUUAGAUCCAUUAAGCCUUUCAGAUAGAUCUUCAUCAAUAGGUUCACUGGAUUCAGUUAUAAAUGAUGAUCAAGUUAUGUGCAAUGAUGAUAGUUCUUUUUUAACGAAUGAUGCCAACAUUGCCAAMCAUGUAUGUGGCUAUUGUAAUUGUUCUUCUAGUUCUGCUUCAGUAGACCAAGGCAAUGAAAAACGAAUAUCUCCAUUUUCCGAAUAUCCACCACAACACACAAUGGUAGAAAAGAAAACUGCAUUUAUUCAUCAGGCGUCAAAUCAAGUUUGGACGCAUUCCAAAUCCACAACAAUACAUCAAAUCACUAAUAGAACCGUAGUAUCAAACGAAAUAAAUUGUUCAACAUCAAAUGAUGAAAUUCCACCACCGGUGCCAGAAAAAAAACGUAUAGUUAGACAAAGGCUGAGAUCUACUUAUGACAAUUUAUCCAUGGAUGAAAUGGCCACACAAUAUAACUUUCAUAGAAAUAACAGCCAUUGUAGUAUUCAAGCUUUAACACAUACUGCAUCACUUGAUAACCCUGCAGUUGAUCCAUCAAAUCCACCACCUUUGCCAUUGAAAAAGAAACAUAUGUUUCAUUCGGUGGCCUAUUCUGUAAUGGCAUACAUGGAAAUGUUUGGAAAUUGUACACAUGGAAAUACUACAGAAUUUCUACGUCAUUCUGUUCAUACAUAUACAAUGCUCCAUCAAAGUAAUUGGCAUUCACCUCAAAAGUAUCAGAGUGAAAUACAAAGUUUUAGUGUUGAAAAUUCUUGUCAACAAUAUUAUUUUACSAAUGACUCUAAUCCACCAGCAUUACCACCUAAACGAGGUAAAAUAGUGACAUCUCCUUAUAGAGAACUGACACCACCUAAUUCUCCAAAUAAAGUAUACAUUACAGAAGUUAUAUCGACUCCGAUACAAACUCAAUGUUCAGAAAUUCAGGAUAUUACACCAAGUACUACUGAACAAUCUCUACAUAUUGAUAAUAGUGAAGUWAAUAUUAUGGAAGAAUUAAAUGUAUCACAAUGGCUAGUGUUUAAAAAACCAGAAGAAGACGGACCACUUGUCCGUGGUGGGCAUGCAGAUGCUCUUGUUGUUCAUGCAACAAAUGCAGUUAAAAAUGAUUUCAUGUACCAAGAAGCAUUUUUAACAACAUACCGAACAUUUAUAUCACCUUUAGAAUUAAUUCAAAAACUUUGCAUGCGACACCAAAGGUUUCAAAAUUCUGGUGAUUUGAAUAGACAGAGAGCUGGACGAGAAUCAUUUUCYCUUUUGGUUAGAGUAGUUAGUGAUUUAACUUUAACAGACUUAGAUAAUGAAGUGCUACAAAUUCUUAUGGAAUUUGUGUAUCAAUUAUUAUGUGCUGGGGAUUUAACUAUGGCAAAAGCACUUAGAGUGAAACUUUUGGAAAGGUAUCAAGCAAAACUAGUGCAUAAUACUUCAAUAAAUGCUUUGUUACCAUCUCAAAAUAUAUACACUCGCCAAGCCACUUUAUUAGACUAUAAGACAGAACUUAUUGCUGAACAAAUGACAAUGUUGGAUUCAGAAUUGUUUAUGAAAAUUGAGAUACCUGAAGUUUUAAUUUGGGUUAAGGAGCAAAAUGAAGAGCGUAGUCCAAAUCUCACAGAAUUCACAGAGCAUUUUAACAAAAUGUCAUAUUG